GUUCUUGAACUUCGUUUCGGUUCAUACUUGGUUUUGAAAAACACUAUUGAAUUAGGGUUUGAUUUUCGUUAAAAUCCAACUCUAGUGAUCAAUUGCCACCCCUAUUUCAACCUAGUAGUGCCUACCUUGUUGAAAUAUACUACAUCUUUAACAACAAUGUCAGACGACUUUGAAUCCUUGGGGCUGAGCUCAAACAUAAUAGAAGGAUGUACUCGUAAUGGCUACAAUCGUCCUUAUCGUUUACACCAGGAUGUGAUUCCCGGCAUUCUUUCCGGGCGGGAUGUUGUAGUAUUGGCUCCAUCUUGUUCCGCCAGAAUUUUAUCUUUUGUGGCUCCUUUACUUGACAAGUUGAAUAGGCAGCCGAGUAUUAAUUCUAUCAGGGCAUUGAUUCUUACUCCAACUAAAGAUUUGGCACUUGAGAUUGUGAAGAUUGUUCGAGUUGUUGCUCAGUUUACAGGUCUUCGCAUUGGUUUACUAGUUGGCGAUAAUAAGACAGAGAGUCUCUUUGAGGAAUUGACACUGCAGAACCCUGAUGUUAUGAUUGCAACUCCAGAUAACCUGAAAGGUCAUUUGUCUCACGUUAAAGAUAUGUUAUUGCAUAAUGUGGAAUGCAUUGUUCUUUAUGAAGUGGAUUGUCUUCUCAGCCUGGGAUUUGCAAAACAUCUGCGUCAAAUACUGUUCCAUAUUAAUCAAAAACACCAAACUUUGCUUUUCGUUAAAGAGAUACCACAUGAAAUACCACCUGCCCUUGUCUAUUUCUUCAAAUCUGUUACACAAGACCCUGCCAUUGUGCGCCAUCAUAGUCAAAUAAGAAGUACUUUGAAGCUUAUAUUUUUCACUUUGAGCGAGGAAGAGAAAAGUGCGGCUGUGCUGUAUUUAAUCAAUGAACGUAUUCGAUGCGAUGAAAAGACAUUGCUGUUUGUUCCUACAGAAGAUCAUGCUGAGUUUCUUAAACUUAUGUUUAUGGAUAAGGGUAUUGAGCCAUCUAUAUGCUAUCGUAAUAUGGACAGAGAUGAACGCAUACUUGAGGUAUCAAGAUUCAAAGAAGGAAAAAGUAUGCUGCUGAUCACUACGGACGUAGCGUAUCAGAUCAUGAUAACCCCGUUGGCUGAUAACGUUAUCAGUUGGGACUUCCCUACCCCUAAGCGUUUCCUUUUUCGAGUAAUGAAAACUGCAAUGCAUGGUCCGGGCACAGCAUAUUCUUUUGUAACACGUGAGGAUAUUCCCUAUGUUCUGAAUUUUCGCUUCUUUCUCUUGGAAGAGCUCACGGCUGCUCCUGCUCCCACUGAGGAACAGAUAAUGCGAGAUGCCGAUAUGUUGGAAGUUGUUUCCGAAAUUGAUCAAGCAAAUGCGAGAGCAGGAGAUAUUUUAUAUGGUAGAUUGCCGCCAAUAAAAGCUGACAUUUAUGCUGAUAUUGUUCGUAAAUUAUUGGAUGCUUCACCGGAAUUAAAAUCAAUGGUGCUGCAGCAGUAAAUGUGCUAAUAAAUUAUAAACGUGAGCAUGGUGUGCACUAUUUUUAGAAAUGCAAAGGAGUUCUGAGAUGCCAUAUGAACAAAUUGAAUCCCGUUACCCUUUAAGAUUUUCUUUUUCUGCAAACUUCGUUACCAUUGUACAAGCUAUGUAUAUGUUUUUGUUGUGUAAAAUACUUUGGUGGUUGCUCUAUUUGAAUUAAAAUUAAAUUAUAAGCACUCAUUUUUGUUUGA